AUGGCAUACAAUUUUUCGCGUUCGAGACUCGCCCCAUUUUUCCAUAUAUACAUUCUAGUCCUCAACCUAUCUUUAUUCACACGCGGGUCCCAACCGCCGCCAUUCGCCUGCGACCUGGCUAACCCCACGACCAAGACCUUCGGGUUUUGCAAUAACUCCAUCCAUAUAAGAGACCGUGUACGGGAUUUAAUCGGGAGACUGAGUUUGCAAGAAAAAAUCAAGUUGCUUGUCAAUAAUGCGGCGCCUGUGGAGAGAUUGGGGAUCAAGGGCUACGAGUGGUGGUCGGAAGCCCUGCACGGAAUUUCCAAUGUGGGUCCCGGCGUCAAAUUCAACGGCGAGAUUCCCCACGCCACCAGCUUCCCUCAAGUAAUUACCACCGCUGCUACUUUCAAUGUUACCUUAUGGAUGCUGAUUGGCCAGGCGGUAUCUACGGAAGGCAGGGCAAUGUACAACGACGGCAAGGCCGGGUUGACCUAUUGGAGUCCUAACGUGAACAUUUUACGGGACCCACGAUGGGGCCGAGGCCAAGAGACCCCCGGUGAGGACCCAUAUGUGGCCGCAAAGUACGCUGCCAGCUAUGUGAGAGGGCUGCAGGGCAACCCCAAACACGGGUUGAAAGUAGCUGCAUGUUGCAAACACUUUACUGCUUACGAUAUCGAUAACUGGAAAGGAGUAGACCGAUACCAUUUCAAUGCCAAUGUAACCAAACAGGAUUUAGAGGAAACAUACAAUGUGCCUUUCAAGGCUUGUGUGUCUGAGGGCAAAGUUGCAAGCAUAAUGUGCUCUUACAAUCAGGUCAAUGGCAAGCCCACCUGUGCCGACCCCGAUCUCCUUAUGGACACCAUUCGAAAAAAGUGGAAACUUAAAGGGUACAUUGUCUCCGACUGUGAUUCCGUGGAUGUUUUCUAUAGACAACAAAAAUAUACAAGCACGCCGGAAGAUGCAGCAGCUCUUGCCAUUAGAUCAGGUUUGGACUUGAAUUGUGGGUCUUUCCUUACGAACCACACAGAAGCAGCAGUAGGAGAGGGAAAACUAAGUGAGAGCCAUGUGAACGUGGCCUUGGCCCAUUUACUUACAGUCCAAAUGCGCUUGGGUAUGUUUGAUGGCCCAUACCAGCGAUAUGGUUAUUUGGGUCCAAAACACGUAUGCACAAAGGAUCAUAAAAAAUUGGCACUUGAAGCAGCCCAACAAGGCAUUGUUCUGCUAAAAAAUAAUAAUCAACUUUUACCACUAUCCGCUGGCAGGCUUCGAUCUGUUGCCGUUAUUGGGCCCAACUCAAAUGCCACGAAUACCAUGAUAGGCAACUAUGCUGGAAUUCCAUGUGACUACAUUAAUCCUUUACAAGGAAUAUCGGAUUAUGUUGAUAAAAACACCAUAAUUGUUCAUGAAAUGGGAUGCACUGACGUCACUUGCACCAUGAACGAGGAAUUCGAUCGAGCUGAGAAGGCUGCUCGAAAUGCUGAUGUCACAAUCCUAUUUAUGGGCCUCAGCCAAGCCAUCGAACGUGAAGGCUUGGAUAGGAUUGGGCUGUUACUACCGGGCCGCCAACAGGAGCUUGUAUCAAGGGUGGCCGGUGCUUCAAAAACGCCCGUAAUACUUGUCGUGAUGUCUGGUGGCCCUAUUGAUAUCUCGUUCGCCAAAAACAACUCCAAUAUUGGAGCCAUUUUGUGGGCUGGGUAUCCGGGUCAGUCUGGUGGAAUGGCAAUUGCAGCCGUUUUAUUUGGAAAAAUCAAUCCAGGAGGGAAGUUGCCCAUGACAUGGUAUCCUCAAGACUAUGUAGACAAAGUGGCAAUGAGUGACAUGAACAUGCAUCCUGAUUCGAAAAGAAGCUAUCCUGGCCGAACUUACAGAUUUUACAAUGGCACGAUCGUAUUCCCAUUUGGAUACGGGCUAACUUUCACUAACUUCAAGCGCACGAUAGCCCACGGCCCAACAAAAAUUUCCAUCCCACUAAUAAAAAGUACGAAAGCUAUCAACAACACGACCCUAUCAAGUAAAGCUAUUAGGGUUUCUAGGGUAAAAUGUGACACUUUAUCUUUAGCAUUAGAAGUUGAUGUAGAGAACCAAGGGCAAAUGGAUGGGCACGACACAAUAAUGGUUUUUGCCUCUACAAAUGGGGUUGUGAAAAAUCUAGUUGCAUUUGAGAAAGUUCAUGUCCUUAAAGGAAGAAAAAAACGCAUUAGAUUCAAAAUCGAUGCAUGCAGGCAUUUGAGCGUCGUGGAUCGACUUGGAAUUCGAAGAAUCCCAUUGGUCGAACACAUUCUUCACAUUGGUGAGAAUAUUGAACAUGUCGUUACGAUCCAAAAUGCAGUUGAGGAGGUGAAGCCAUAA